AUGCCGCCCUGGGCCCUGCGCGACAACGCUUUCGACAAACCGCACUACCGGCUCAACCGGGCAGCCUUAGUAGAGCUCGCAGAAGCAUUAGGCGUCGAGCCCGGAGGGAACGUACACGAGCUCAAGGCAAGGACGAAGCAAGCCCUGUUCGAGCGGAGGGACGAGCUCAUUGAACACCCGUCCUAUUCCGCCCUUUACACGGAGAGAGAGAAGAACGAAUUCCAACAGGGUCGCACCCAAGGAACCGGGGACGAAGGCUCAGACUGGCAAGGCAUAGCGGACUAUCAAGAACCCCGCCUACCCUCCGUCUCGACGCGCUCACAAUCGCGCACGACCGACCAGCGCAUGAGUCUCCGAGGGCGUAGGACACGCUCGGAGGGUCGCGAAAGGGGGACGCAACGCUCGGUUAGGGCCAGGGCGGAAACACGUCCACUCCCGCCCCCAGCAUCGUCAGGGCAUCGGAGCCACGAUCAGGCACUCUCGUCGUCGGAGUACGCCAGCCCUCCACCGGAUGAGCCGGACGACCAGCCAAGUCCAUCUCCUCCGGCCUCACGGCGCCCACAUCAUUCCUUCGCGACGCCCCAGGCGUGGCUCCCUCGACAAUCACGACACGUCGACGAAGCCUUGCCUAUUGACGCUCCUCAUACUCCUGUAACUUCGCGGGGCCGACCGGCGCGUAUCGCCGGAGUCCUCGCGGACGUGAAUUAUUAUGUGAUUCCACAACAAAUCAUUGACAUAUUCGAAAGAGGACAUAAGAAGCACGUACCGCUCCACCAUCUCACGGACGCGGCGUGCAUGGCUCAGGGUAUCGACACGACUGCGAACCUGAGCAACCUUUGGCAGAUCGAAUCCGGGGGCCUAGUCCCGGUUCAGCAGCCGCUCUCUCCGGAAGGGGAGAUGCAGCUCUCGUUCGCGGAGUGGUUGCAGGCCUGGCAGCGUUACCUCCAGCUGUUCGAAGAAUAUCUCCCGCAGGAGUACCAAGACUGGUUUACGCACCACGAGAACAUCCGCUUGCGCCGGGGAGUCAGCAGCGACAACACAUGGCCGGUGUGGCUCGCCUACGACAUCGAGAUCCGCAGGCGCAGGCUCAAUACUCCCAUCGACCCGCGCGAGUACCACCGCGCUAUCUGGGACGACUUGUAUAUCGCCCACCUAGGGAGGAGGAUUCUCCAGCCGCAGCCGCAACAGGCUCAGCUCGCACUGGCGAGUCGCAGACGGGAAUCCGGCGGGGGGACGACAACCGGGCGUGGGCCCCGCAACUCCCUUCCGACGAGAGGUCGGGCCUCCGACCAGACCAGCAGUUCCUUUCGAAGCUGCUUCCUCUGCGGGCGCUACUCCCACCGGACGAAGGAGUGCUUCGCCAAGACGCUCGCGAACGGGAAUCCGAUAUUCAUCGCGAGAACCCAAGACGGAGGCUACGCGGACAAAACGGGGAAACGGUACUGCUUUCACUUCAAUAUGCAAAGGGGCUGCUCAGCCUCCGGCACCUGCGCUCACGGGGAACACCGCUGCACGCUUUGCGGAGACACCCACUCCGCCAGCCUCUGCGUCAUCGCUAGCGCUGGCCGUGACGACCCCGUUCAAAGCAGAUGA